AUGGCGGCCUACGACGCGCUGGACGUGGCGGCCAGCAGCCGCGUGUACUUGUACAUGGGCCUCGUGGGCUGCGCGCUGCAUCUCUGCACGCUGCUCUCGUACAUGGUCUUCCCGCAGCUCAAGCGGCAGCAUCCCGCGGCCAACCUCAUGGUCUGGCACGUCUACUGCAACUUUAUGCUCACGCUCGGCUUUGUGGCGCAGUACUUUCUGCAGGGCGACGGCGCCGUCACAGACGACGACUGCGUCCUCUUGUCCAUGUACAACCAGUUCUUCCUCCUCGGCAGCGGUCUCUGGUACCUCAUGCUGUCGUUCGAUCUCUUCAUUGCGCUCAUGAACCCGUGGAUGGGCUACGCUGUCAAGACGUGGACGUACCACACCAUUACGUGGUCGCUGAGCGCGAUUUCGGCCGCGGCCAUGUACUCGUUCCGUCUCUACGGUCUCUCGAGCCUCAACCUUUGCUGGGUGCACCGCACGGCGAGCGUGCGCGAGACCAACGAGACGUACUGGGUCCUCCUCUUUGCGCCACUCGUUGUCGUCUGGCUCGUCUCGUUCGGCGUGCUCCUCUUUGCGACCUUUCGCUUUGCGCGGCGGCAGCUCGACUCGACAUAUCGCGCCAAGCGGCGGUCGCUGCUCCAGUACUUCCGGUACCUCGUCAUGUACGGGCUCUUUUGGGUCGUCUGCGGCGGCCUCUACUACAGCGACUACCUCCAGUCCUUUUCGGGCGUCGUCGCGCACCACAUCCAGCUCACGCUCGCAGUCGUCUUUGGCUUGUACCCGCUCUUCGUGCUCGCCGUCUGGAGCAUCAACACGGACCUCGUCGAGCACCUCGGCGGUGGCCGCGCCGAGACGCCGGUCGCCGACGACAGCGACGGCAUGACCGACCACUUUAGCACGUCGCUUCGAAAAGACCUCUUGCGAUAUACCUCGGUGGGCAUCAUCCGCAGCUUGCACGAGCUGCGCGAAGCGUCGCCGCACCGCCUCGAGCGCGCCCGGUCCGUCUUUGCAACGUACUCGACAUCCGACGUAGUCGUGCCGAGCCGGUCGCACUCGUUCGGGUCGCUGCGGUCCAUGGAGGAGACAGACCUCGACGCGCCGGGCUUGUACGUCGAGAAGAAGCGGCUUGCGACCACUGUCCGCCUCAACUCGAACAAGCUCAAGGUCUACUACGAAAAGCUCGGCUUCACCGACUACGCGCCGCGGAUCUUUGAGAACCUUCGGUCGCUCGCGGGCAUCGAGGCUGGCGCGUACGAGACGAGCUUCACGGGCACGCUCUCCGAGACCGCGUCCGAGGGCAAGUCGGGCAUGCUCUUUUACUUUACGAACGACCGCAAGUACAUUGUCAAGACGAUGACCAAGGACGAGCACGCGUUCCUGAUGCGCAUCCUGCCGGCGUACCACGCGUACGUGCGCAGCCAGCCCAAGAGCCUCCUUGUGCGCUACGUUGGCUGCCACUCGAUGCAGCUGCCCGUGGGCUGGAACAAAAUGUUCUUUGUCGUCAUGGAGAACGUGCUCUGCACGGACCGCAUCGACGAGCGGUAUGACCUCAAGGGCACGUUCGCGCCUGCCCUCUUGCCGCCGCUGCGCGUCUACAUUCGCGAACCGGAGACUCGAUUGCUGAGCCCGCCGCAGCCCAAACCAACGCACUUGCUCCACGACGACGAGUUUGUCGACCGCGGCACGUACCUGCACGUCACGUCGGACGUGCGCCUCGAGCUCCUCACGCAGAUGACGAGCGACUGCGGCUUCCUCCAGGAGAUGGGCAUCAUGGACUACAGCUGCAUCUUGGGCAUCCGCCCCUUUGACGCCUCCAAGGACUCGGAGGAGUCGCUGGCCAAGAAUGCGAUCGUGUCGGCCGACCAGCGCCAAGUGUACUAUGUUGGCUUCAUCGACAUUCUGCAGCACUACACGAUCGCGUGGAAGCUCCAGCACCUCGUGCUCUCGUUCGUGCAAGACCGAAGAAAGAUCACGGCGCUGCCACCACCCGAGUACGCGCUCCGGUUCCUGAGCUUCAUCCACGCGCACCUGCUGCGAGGCGACGCGACGUCCACGGCCAACAGCAGAACCCGGCCGUCUUUCAACUACGGGACUAUUCCGUAG